CUGCAAAUUAUUUCUUGUAUCAACAAUUGCAUCUUUUCGUCAUCUACAUUAAUAUCAUCUUCAAAUUGACGUAGCUCAGUGCGCCCAAACCGUAAAGGUUAACCAAGUGGUUUUCUCUUUGUAAACAUUGGUUGCAUUUAUUUUUAAUCAAAGUAUUUAAAACCAUAAGGAAGUCAAAUCAUAAGCAAUAAUCUCUUUCUGAAUUGCAGUCACUAUCUUGGAAUUUAUUACAAGUGUGAUGAAUAUAUGCCAAAAUUAUUUCUUAUUAUUUUGUAGCAGGAUUUGCAUAUAUUUGAUAUAUAUUAUUGGUUGAAAAAUAUUAUUAUAAUUCCCAUGAUUAUGAAUAAGCUGUUAAUAUCAUCAUGAAUCCCAUCAUUAUUAUUUAAUUGUCAUUAUUGUUAUUUAACAUUAUCAUCACUUUAGUCUUUACUUUUCAGUAUUAUUAUAUAACAUCAUCUUCGCAUUAUUCAUUAAUUGUCAUAAUUAUUACAUACCAUCAUCAUUUUUUUUUUCUUAUCAUGAUCUUAAAUAUUAAUGACUUAUCUUUUGUCAGUAUUAUUAUUUCAUUAUGUUCUGACCUAGUGAAAGAGAAAGCAAGUGGUGCAGAGGUUUGCAGAGUAUAAGCAUUGAGAAAAUAAGUGAAUACAUGUUUUCUUACAGGUUUUCUUCCAUUAAAGGAGAAGUCCUGAAUUCCCAGCAUGAACAGGCAGGAAUAUUCAACAGGAUCUCUACAUGCAUCAAGAAUACUGGGGGGACUUGCGUCACUUCGCAGAUUAGAAGUCCUGUGUGAUGGCAAUGUAAAACUCUUAGAUGGCAGUGUCAAAGUUAGUCGUGCAUUACUUGCAGCUGGUUGCCCCUAUUUCAGAGUUUUGUAUGAGUUUGAAGAGGAUGCACAGCAAGGUUUACAUCGCACUGCAGAGCCAAUGUUAGAAAUCACAUGUAAAACUUUUGAAGUCAUCCUCGAUUUCAUCUAUACUGGUCACAUUGUUCUAGACUUUGAAAAUAUCCAAGACAUAUUACAAGCCAGUGAUCUCCUAUUAAUGACUGAGCUAAAAGAGCUGUGUGUCCAGUACCUGAUGAGUAUUAUUGAAGCAGAAAAUUGUCUGGGCAUACUUGAACUAGCACAGAGAUUUUCAUGUCCGAGACUUGUAUGCUUUACUAAAGUUUUUAUUUGCCAGCACUUUAAGUACAGGGAAGUUGUACGAACAGAAGAGUUUCGUAACCUGAGUGAGGAACGUUUAAAAGACCUCUUGUCACAAGAUGGACUUGCGGUUAAAUCAGAAUUAGAUAUUCUCACAGCUCUAGUGGUAUGGCUAAAUACCAACCAGCUGAAAUCACCCGAUGUGGAAUCCCUAGUGACAUGCUGCUUGCGAGAAUCUGCAGACUUAAAGUAUGAUCCUAAGUUUCAAAGGGCUUUACAAGAUCUGAGAGCUGCCACACCACCAUGGGACUCCCCAGGAGCUAUGAUGGUGCUUGAUGCCCUGAAGAAGACCAGGAGAAUCAGAUCCAUCAGGGAAAGAGGCACCAAAACAGUCCUUGCAUGUGGGGAUGAUGAAGGUGGCAUAUAUUUGGUGGACAUCCUGAGUUCAGGCAAAUAUUCUGGAUCCCAUGUUAAGCUACCACCCAUGUGUAUCCCGAGAAUUAAAUCUACACUUGUUGUGGAAGGUGGGUACCUCUUUGCUCUUGGUGGAGGCAACAAGAGUGGAGAAGCCAAAAAUGAUGUACAGCGGUAUGACCCACUCUCCAAUAGCUGGACUCUGAUGGCUCCAAUGCCAUUUGCAUGUUUUCUGCCUAUGGUUGUAUCUUAUGCAGGAAAGCUGUAUGUAACAGGUGGAUGUGAUAUUAAUGAGAGUGAACUACAAAUAACAAACUUUGAAGAAUUUGAUAUAUAUGCCAAUAAGUGGAGAUCACUUCCACCAAUUCCAAAUAUGAGACAUGGAGCAGCUUUGGCAGUGAGUGACGGAAAAAUAUACUUUAUUGGAGGUUCUCCUUGGAUAGAAUUACCAGAUGGAAGUCCAUAUUAUAGGGUGUUGGAUGCAGUGGAGAUAUUCUGUAUUAAAGAAGAGAUUUGGGUAGCUGGUCCUCAGCUGAAAGAAAGGAGAAGGCAUGCAGCAGCAGUUAAUCAUAAAGGAGAUAUUUACGUGAUUGGAGGCAUAAGACCACUGGAGUGCCCCAGUGCUCAGGGUCGCACCAAAGUAACAGGCACAGAAACGCUCUUCAAAGAGUCACAGAUGGGCUGGACCUCCAUGACUAAGCUCCAAAUCCCAACAGAAGCCAAAUAUAAAACUGUGGCUCUGGCAAAUAAUGAGCAUAUCAUCUUAAUUGGAAAAAAUGACAAUUUCACAUUUACGCGUGAUAAUUGCUUCAUUAUGGUUGGCAGUGGCUGGGGACUAGUGCCAGGAGCUGAGAGCAUACUGACAUCUGGAACAAAGUAUUUUUGCAGUUAUGCUCUCUUGUCUCUUCCUUCUGCUGCCAUGCAUGAUUUAUACCCAGAGGAUAGUUUAUAGUUUUCCAUAACAUCUCAAUAAAUAAUAACCCUUAUAUUCUUGAGGUAACUCAGGUGUUUUUUGGACAUUGAGAAGAAAAGUACAUUUCUUAAUAGUGACACUAAUGUAUGUGUUUAGUGACCCCUUUUGUAAUAUUUCUAGAAAAAAAUCUGUACCAUUACAAUAACAACCUGCCAUGAAUCAAGAGUAUGUUAAAUUAGUCUGUAGAUCAAAGUUGAUUUAGAAUUCACAAUCUUAUCAAAUAAGAUUUUCUGUGGGUGUGCAUGUGCGCACAUGUGUGUGUUUGUGUGAGUGCAUGUAAGCAUGUGUGGGGGGAUGCAUGUCUGCAUGCAUACAAUAUUGAUGCUUGUAUAUUUUUUAUUUUGUUUAUAUGUGAGUGUGCUUCUGUAUUUGUCUAUAAUCUUCUCAUUGUGUGAGAUCAAAGAUACUCAAGGUAGCUGCUAGCUUUUAUGAUAUUCAAAAUAUUAUAUGCAUAUACUUUAUUUCUAGAAACUUAUAUUAUGUGGAUUAUCAUGCAUUUUCCUAUUUUAACACUCUCAAGCAUAAACUAGUCCCAGAGACCCAUCUGCAAUGACUUUUUUGAGUUACCUCCCAGACUGCAUUAUCUGGCUGAGGUAGGAGAAAUACUUGUCUGUAGAAAACUGACAUAAGACUUUGGUCAGUAAAUUAAAAGAAUGGGCAUUAAAUUAAGCUGCAACUCUUUCACCAAAAACUCAAGAUUAUUGUUACCUUUACAGGAUUAAUACACCAUCCAUGUUACCUCAAGAAUGUAGAAAGACAUUUCAUAAAGCUUACUGCAAUUUAAAAAAGAAUACAGUGUACGUUUUAUCUAUUGUUAGUCCCAAUCUUCUGCAUUCCAAACACUGAAAACAUUAUAGAGCUAUGUGAAGAUAUUCACAUAACACUUAUAACUGUAUCUUAUCUGCCUGUGACACUUUUGAUACUGUCAGUACAAAAGGUACAAGAUUCAAAGCAGAAAGUUCCUGAGGAUUGAAUGGGCAUAUGUAAGAGAAUUUAGGAGUGUAACUUUAAUAUACAUCACUUUUACAGAUACCCAAAUUAUAUAUUUUUUUAGAAUAAAUAGUGAUUUGAUGCAUCAUUUAUGUAGUGAGGAUGGAUUCUCUUAAUUUCAUGAUGAAGUAUCCUUUUAUAUUAUAUAAUCUCAGAAGACAGACUAGCAUUUUUCCCUUUUUCCUUUGCCUUAAGUCAAAAUUUAAUCCAGAAAAUAUUCAGUUAGGGUUCACCAAGGGGUUUACAGGAAAUGUGAAAAUGGUAUUGGUAAUUUGACAGUACUUAAAGGCAAACUUGUUCUUAGAAUUUCACCACAGUAAAAUGUAGGUGUCAAAAAAAAAAGAAAAAAAAGACGAAUCAGCUUAGCACAAAAGGGAACCCUUCCUGAAUUUCUGUCUGUUAUGCAUUUGUGUUCAUUUGAGUUGUGUGAGUGUGUGGAUGCAUGUGUAUGAGUAUAUUUAUGUGUACAUGUGUGUGUGUAUGUGUGGAUCAGUUGCAGUGAUCGGGUGAUCCUUUGUCCAUGUGUGCACGUUUGCUGUGGCUUGUGUGUACUCUCUUGUAUUUUAUGACCGAGUUUGGAGGAGUGUUUUGUAUUUUUCUACCUGUUGUGCAUUUGUCCCCAAGGAGUUUUGAUGUGCAGUAUUACUUUAUUUAUUUAUUUUUUUUUUACUUGGUUUCUCUUUCACUUUCAUAUGUUGUCAUUUAAUAUAUAUAUUUAUAGAUGUUUGGAAAUAUUUAAUGAUAAUAUGUACAGUUAUAAGAAUUAAAUAUUUUGUGUUGAGAAAUUGUAUUGUGUAAUGUUCUGCAGCUAAGAGAUUUUUUGUACAAUUUUUAUUUCAAUAUUAUGCAAAUUGGCAAAUUUAAGAUUGCCUCAGAUAGUUUCCACUGCCCAUUGUAAUGUAUGUAUAUAUAAUUAAAUAUUUCAUAUCUAUGCUGGCAUACAAAGAAACCAGUUCAGAUAUCUUAUAAGAUA